AUGAUGCGAGCUCUGUUUGCUGGCAGGGUGUCCUACGGUUAUAGACCCCUGCCUUGGUGCAAAGGCUCUACUGCUUAUCGGGCUCCCCAGACAUCUUCCAUUAUUGCCCGACGUGCAAGUACAAUCAGUUCCGCAGAUGUUAGUUCACUCGAGAGUGGCCACAUUGAAUUGGGAGAAAACGAGGGCCUGGUCUUUGUCAAUAAUAUCUUCCCUCGAAAGCUCCAAUGGCUGCUGCUCUUGGGACCACUCAACGGCAAUCAGUCGUACGAAAAGGCCUUAAAGCGCAUUAACCGUCCACAUCUCGCGGCGUCAGAUCCGUUGCGUAUUAUUCAUCAGGUGUUUCCACCAGGCUUGGAUAUUGAUAUCAAAGACGUCAUCCCGCGGUUUCGUGAGGGUGGCGCCUUCGUAAAAUAUGCCCGGAAGCCAGGAGCCACAGACACUGAGAUCGAGGCCACAAUCAAGCGGCAUUUGGAAAAACAUCCUAUUCGACCCUGGUUCUACCCGUUCCAGCAGGCGACGGUUUCUCAUGUUCAAGGAAGGCCGUGGAUUGAAGAUCUUUAUCGCAUUUCUAGUCCACGUAUCCGAGUCGAGUUUUACCCAGCCGUGCCAGACGGGCCAGCUACAGAAUUGGCCACAGAGGUCCUCCAUACGAUUUUCCGCAGAUAUGGAAAGCUACGAUAUAUUGAGCGGCAGCCGCCAGACUCGAAAGAAACCCCGAAAUAUGCGUUAGUCGAGUUCUCCCGUACUAGUAAUGCUGUUGCAGCCAAAAACUGCAUCCACGGAUUCACCAUACCUCCAGAGGGGGGCGGGGGCAAGUCUGGUACACGCGUUAAAAUCAAAUAUGAACGGAAGAUCAGACUGUCUAUGAUUAAGGAUUGGCUUCUGAGCCAUCCCCGUAUAGUAAUCCCUGCAGCGGCCGCUCUCAUUGCAGCCAUCACAGUGACCGUCUUCGACCCAAUACGCACAUUCUUCAUCAAGAUGAAGAUAAAGGCGACACUUCACACGGAGGGAAACAAGUUCGUUCAGUGGAUCCGGUACCAAGUCAGCAAGGCAAAUAUUUACUUCGGUCAGAGUAAAUCCGAUGCUCGCGGCCUGACGGCAAUUUGGGAGGAUCGCCAAAGCGAUAUUUCUCAACUUAACUCAUGGCUAACGGAAAGUGCCGAAACAUUCAUCGUGAUACAUGGCCCACGCGGUUCAGGGAAGCGCGAGCUAGUACUAGAUCGAACUCUUAAGGACCAUAGGUACAAACUCGUCAUCGACUGUAAACAGCUUCAAGACGCCAAAGGUGAUACGGCCAAAAUUGCUCGUGCAGCUAGUCAAGUGGGCUACCGACCGAUAUUCUCAUGGAUGAAUAGCAUCAGCAGCUUCAUCGACCUGGCAGCUCAGGGAAUGAUUGGCACCAAGGCGGGCUUUUCUGAGACUCUGGACGCUCAACUCAGCAAUAUUUGGCAGAACACUACUAUGGCCAUGAAGAGCAUCACAUUGGAGAACAGAAAAAAGACAGAUACAGAUGCGCAGCUUUCAGAUGAAGAGUAUUUGGAGGCCCAUCCCGAGCUACGCCCAGUAGUAGUCAUCGACAACUAUCUCCACAACAAUCCAGAAGGGAAUGUGGUCUAUGACAAGAUUACAGAAUGGGCUGCAGGCUUAACAAGCGGGAAUAUUGCACAUGUCAUCUUUUUGACAACUGAUGUGUCUUUUUCCAAACCGUUAAGUAAAGCAUUGCCCAACUCGGUGUUUCGAACGAUCUCCCUAGGCGACUGCUCUCUUGAAGUUGGCCGAAGGUUCGUGCUCAACCAUCUCAAAUACGAAGCAAAGAACAAGGACCUGCCUGCUCAAAAAGAAGAGGACCUGUCAGAACUGGACAGUUGCAUUGCCGUAUUGGGAGGCCGCGUGACGGAUCUUGAGUUCAUGGCGCAUCGCAUUGAGUCCGGGGAAACCCCUCGAAGCGCCGUUACUCGAAUUGUUGAACAGUCGGCCUCUGAGAUCUUGAAAAUGUUCAUCUUGACUCCUGAGUCUGAUUCGCAGCAGUGGAGUCAUGAACAAGCCUGGCAUCUAAUCAAAACGCUUGCACAUUCCACGGAUGGCAGUGUAUCCUACAACCGUGUUCUUGAGUCUGAUUUAUUCAAGUCUAAUAGUCAAGCUCUUCGAGAACUCGAGCAAGCAGAGCUUGUUUCCAUCGUCAGUGUGAACGGCUCUCCAAAGAGGGUGAGGGCUGGAAGACCGGUUUACCAGGCGGUAUUCAAGCGAUUGACCGAAGACAAAACUCUGAGCAGUCGUUUAAAUCUCGAGAUAUUAUCGCAACUAAUCAGCAACGAAAACAAGAGCAUUGGGAAGUACGAGGAGGAACUCCUGCUGCUUGGAAGACUACCGAAACAACCACGAGAGCUCACAGGAAGAAUCCAAUGGCUCCUGAACAAAGUGUACAACUCACAAAAUAAGAUCGCGAAGUAUGAAGCAGAAAGCGCAGCACUUCAGAAGGCCGCAAUGACCACGAUACAAACAGCCUAUGCCAGGUUACAAUUGAAUUCGCUCCCCGUGGCCGUGAUCCUCAUCUCAACAUGUGUCCUCAUACUUACUCGCAUUCUUAGCGGUCUUCAAAGUUAUGCUGGAAAGCUGAAAGACCCAAAGCAGGUGCGCCGGCCUAGAACAGUGCCACAUUGGAUACCAUGGUUAGGCCAUAGUGUCUUGUUUGCUCGGGAUCACAUAGAUUUCCUAGAAAAGGCCAGGAACCAACUGAAUGAGGCUGUGUUUUCCAUACUUAUGGGUGGCGCAAAGCACAAUGUUGUCAUGUCACCAUCCUUGAUUAAGUCUGUCUUGACAUUUAGGGGUGUAACAACAGCCCCUCUAGUCAAGCAUAUUGCACGGAAAGUUCUCGGCGAUCGCGGCGCCUUUGAGAAACUGAACCCUUCUGACAGCCAUGUUUUCGUUCACAACAUUCCAAAUCAGUUCAUGCAUGAGCCAUCUCUCUCUCAAACCUCGACAUCGGCUGCCCGUUUUAUCGAACGGGAGGUUCCGAAUCUAGUGACUUUCUGCUCAGCCCCCAUUGACCAGAUGCUUUGGGAGCGUCCAGGCGACGUCCGUAUUGUCGAGGGAAUGAAUCAACCUGUUUGCGAGGUAGAUUUCUUUACACUCAUUAGACACUUUGUUGGGACAGCGACGACUACUUCACUAUUUGGUCGAUCUAUCUUAGAAACUUUCCCGAAUUUGCUUCAAGAUAUCUGGAGUAUUGACGACCAAUUUGCGUCUUUAUCAAUGGGACCUCCUCGGUAUCUGACUCCCAAGAUUUCUGCAGCUUAUGUUGCCCGAGACCGACUAUUAGACAUACUUUCUGUAUUCCACCAAGCAUUACUAUUUUGGGAUGAAGGCAAAGAUCUUGGGAUGGAAUUCCGCGAUCUCCGCGACCUCGACGACGUUUCGGAUCCGAUCAAGAAACGGAUCCGCAUGGCGAAGGACUUGGGACUAUCGGCAGAGGAUAGCGCUCCCGCACAUUUAGCCUUGCUUUGGGCUAUGAACGGCAACUCACCCAACAUUGUGUUUUAUCACCUUCUUCACUUAUACUCCAAUCCGACUCUGCUGGAGGAAAUCCGAAAUGAGAUUGCCCCGUAUGUUAGGGUGUCGAGACCGAGCAGAGAGGAAACUGGUUUCCCAAUCCUGGAGGCACCCAAACUUUCUAUUGACAUGGACAAGCUAAGUGAUUCCUGUGAACUUUUCAAGGCGACCUUCUACGAAACUCUACGCUUGGAUUCAGCAGGAAUUUCGUUCCGGCAGUUGACUGCAGACCUGACACUCACCGAAACGAAAGAGGAAGCCACGAGCGCAGGUGAAUCGACUCCACGAUCCUAUUCCCUUAAGAGCGGAGAGCUAGUCAUCGUCCCCCAUGGAGUUGUCCACAACGAUCCCACAUACUUUUCUAACCCCGACCAAUUCGACCCUCUCAGGUUCAUCCAGACUGACCCCGGCACCGGCGAGAACCGCGCAAAAUUCGAGACUAUGACUCCAUUUGGGGGUGGAAUGCCCGCAUGUAAAGGACGGGCUUUUGCAGAAAAGAUGAUUUUGGCCUUGUCGGCGGCAAUUGUGUCCCUGUGGGAGGUCAAACCAGCGGAUGAGAGGGAUUUUAAGAUUCCAGAGCAUAAGAUUUCGAGUGCUGCGUUUUUGCCAAAAAAUGAUAUUCGGGUGCGAAUAUCAUCGCGCUGUCAUUCAUGA